GAAGAAAAGAAUGCGUAAAAACUUAAAGGUUAGGUUCUCUGUGUAUUAUGAGGUUUCUGUUUAACAACAAUCUCGCGUGUUCGCCGACUCUUGCAGACUACGUAAAAACUAAAUCUAUUCACAUCAUUAUUUUAUUUUAUUAUAUUUUCUUUCAGAAGAUAAAACUCCAAAAUGGUUUGUACAAACUUUUUUUACUGUUGCAGUUAUAAUAUCGAUUCAAACAAAAAUUUAAGAUUAAAUUAGCUAAAAAAUCGUUUGCAUGAAAUUUCUUACAAAUGUUUCAUGAUUUUGUCCAUAUUUCAGGAAUCAGACAUUUGCAGAAGUUGUAGAAGAUCUUUAGAUGAAACAAAUGAAAAUAAUAUUUUUCAAAAAGAAAUAUUAAUAAAGUCAAUUGACUUACAGAGUAUUAACAACAAAAAAUGGUCUAUGAAAGUGUCUUCUGCAAUUGAAUUGAUUACUGGACAAAAGGUUCUACAAGAAAUGAAGCUACCACGAAAAUUGUGUCAAGUCUGUUUACAGAAUGUUGAGGCUUUUGUUAACUUUCGAAUCCAGUUAAUAAGAUCUGAGGAAAUUUUACUUCAAUUAGGAUAUUCAGAUUCAAAAGAAACAAUUGACAACAAAUGCAGGGAAACACAAAAUGUACCACCAUUACACCCAUCAAUUUCUGUCUCAAAUGUGAAUAAUAUAAUAGAAAAAUCUGAAAAUAAUGAUAAUCUAACAAAAAAUGAAUCAAGUAAUCGUCUUUCAAUCCUGAAACCAAAUGAUGAGCGUACCCCUAAAUCAGUACCUGAAGAUCUUAUAAAUGUUGAUGACAGUAGUGUAUCUCUUGAUAUUAAUAGUCAUGAUUAUGAUAAAGGGACAAAUGCUUUUUUAAUAAGUAAAUUAGAAAAUGAUCAAGAAAAUAAUAAUCAUAAUGAUUCAGAUAAUUCUGCUAAUAAUCCAGAACAUAGAAAUGAAGAUAUAGCUAUUAAACAAAUAGAUCAUGAUAUUGAAUCUGAAAUAGAUGUUUGCUCAGGUGAAGAUGAUGAAGUUUUAGAAUUAGAUGUACAAAAACAAAGGAACGAGACGGUUGAAAUAAAUAGUUCAUCAGAAUCCGAUAUUGAAGUUUGUGACUAUGAACCUGUUGGGAAAAAAGCCAAUUAUAAUACAUUUUCUCCUCCUGUAAGAUAUUAGCGAACUAUAUAACAAUUUGUAAAUAAUUGUAUGUACUAUAUAUAUAUAUAUGUAUAUUAUAUGUACUAAAUACUAAAUUAGUUUUAUAAUAUUGUGAAUAUAACAUUGUUAUAGAAAAAAUUUAACAUAUUUUUCAAUACAUGAAGAUGUAAUGAAUAAUUGUGAAUGUAAUUGUAACUAUAAAGUAUCUCAAAGUAA